CUAAAAAAGUAUCUAGUGAGCUGCUAGCCAUUUGUAUGAAAGGAACCCUCUUGAGAUUCACUAGGUAGAACUACGAGAUAAUAUUAAACCAUUCUUAAUAUAUUUAGCCAUACAACCAGUAAAAUCUACAGUUUUGGCUAGAUUUCUGUCUAUCAGUUUAAUUCUCUGGUUCUCAUGGCCCUGAGGCUGAAGCGAAGGCGAGAAUUGAGCACACUGAGGACCGAGGAGAGCAGAGCACGCUGGAGGUUGACCGUUAUCACUGUGUGCUGUGUGCUAGUCAUACUAGCGACCUUGAUAGUGGGCUUGUAUUUUACCAUUAAGUUAGUGAAUAGCAAGUUUUUCUUCUGCUCUGGCUCACUGAAGUUCAUUUCAAUAGAAAAAGCAUGUGAUGGAAAGGCUAACUGCGCAGGUGGUGAGGAUGAAAUCACGUGUGUAUCUAAACUGCAGACCAAUGACACGUAUCCAGUUAGGCUGAUGGGGGACAGACUGGUCCUGCAGGUGUUUAUUAAUGAAGGUGGAUGGAGAACAGUGUGUGCUGAUAACUGGAGGACAAAGCACACGCGGUUAGCCUGUAAACAACUGGGUUAUACAGUGAGUCCACGAAGUACACGUGUCCCGGUAAAAAGUCUGCUUUUCAACCCUCAAAAUGCAUUUGCUACAGUCAGCAAUGACUCCACACACUCUGACAUUCAGAGUUUCCUCUCAGUCAGUGACAAAUGUUACUCUGGCUCAGUGGUAUCUGUUUCCUGCUCAGACUGUGGAGAGGUGGUGGGAGAGGACCGUAUUGUUGGUGGGGUGGACACCGCAAUCAAACACUGGCCGUGGCAGGUUAGUCUUCAGUGGAACUACCAGCAUGUUUGUGGAGGAGCAUUGCUUUCCAAGUACUGGAUCAUAUCAGCUGCUCACUGUUUCACAGGCCGGACACGAGACCUGAGUCAAUGGACUGUGGUGUUGGGCCAGACCGAAAUGGCAGGAUCCAGGGGUGUUGGCGUAGAGACAAUUGUUGUCCACAAUAACUACAGUCGCUUGAGUAAUGACUUUGACAUCGCCAUGCUAAAACUCACUUGGCCUGUCACUGUUGGGGAAUCGAUCGUGCCAGUUUGUUUACCCCCACACCAGCUAUCUGUGAAGGACAUGCUUGUGGUGACUGGGUGGGGAUUGCUCAAGGAGAAAGGUGAGCUGCCCUCUGUGCUGCAGAAAGCUUCGGUGCCCCUGAUCGACAGGUCAGAGUGUUCCAAGCCUUCUGUUUACGGUUCUGCCAUAACUCCCAGAAUGCUUUGUGCUGGAUUCCUCAAAGGAAACAUAGAUGCGUGUCAGGGUGACAGUGGGGGACCGCUAGUGUACCUUUCAUCUCGCUGGCAGUUAAUGGGUAUAGUGAGUUGGGGAGUUGGCUGUGCACGCGAGGGAAAACCUGGAGUAUAUACCGAUGUUAGUCAACUUCUCAACUGGAUUUACACUGUAAUGGAAGUAUAUUUCACAUAAUUUUGCACAUUAAUAUAUAAGGAAAAUAUAUUUCCAUACUAAAUGUUAUGUUUCAGAGACAUCCAUUAGAAGGUAAACCAUGGAUACGUAACUCAAUGCUUUUGUGACAGGAGGAGAAACAAAUCUCCUCAGAGUACAGAAAUCUGUGUUCUUGAAUGUAGAUGUUGUUCCAUUUUAUUGACAAAACUGUCAAGUCAUGCUUUUUAUAGACUCACUAUUAACUCACUAUUCCUGUUAGUCUACUGUAUGUUCAUUAUAAAGCUGUUUUAAUAUUUUUCUGACCAAAAACAAAGAAAAAAAUAAAAUAAUAAAGCUCUUA